GUCUACGACGGGCACGGCGGCGCCGCGGCCGCAGACUUCUGCGAGAAGUACAUGGAGAAGUACAUUCAAGAAUUUCUUGCUGAGGACGAGAACUUGGAAAAUGUUUUGAGCAAAGCUUUUCUAGAAAUAAACAAAGCCUAUGAAAGGCACGCUCGUCUGUCUGCUGAUGCCACCCUGCUGGACUCGGUGCGGGACGGCAUCGAGCUGGUGGUGGCCAGCGUGGGGGACAGCCGUGCCAUCCUCUGCAGGAAGGGCAAGGCCAUGAAGCUCACCAUCGACCACACCCCCGAGAGGAAGGAGGAGAAGGAGAGGAUCAGGAAGUGUGGGGGUUUCAUUGCCUGGAACAGCCUGGGACAGCCUCACGUGAACGGCAGACUUGCAAUGACACGGAGCAUAGGGGACCUGGACCUGAAGGACAAGGGGGUGAUAGCCCAGCCAGAAACAAAAAGGGUUCAGCUGCACCACGCAGACGACAGCUUCCUGGUCCUCACCACCGACGGCAUCAACUUCAUGGUGAACAGCCAGGAGAUCUGCGACUCCAUCAGCCAGUGCCACGACCCUGCCGAGGCUGCCCACGUGGUGGCCGAGCAGGCAAUGCAGUUUGGCACUGAAGACAACAGCACAGUUGUCAUCGUGCCCUUUGGAGCGUGGGGGAAGUACAAGAACGGGGAGAUCAACUUCUCCUUCAGCCGCAGCUUCGCCUCCAGCGGGAGGUGGGCGUGA